AUGGCUGCAUUCAAAUCGCUUAAAGACAUCACAGACAACUUCGAAAGAGAACUCACUUGUUCCAUUUGUACAGAAAUAUUUACCMAUCCCAAGACUCUGUUAUGUCUUCACAGUUUUUGUACACACUGCAUCGCUCAUUGGUACGAGACAAGCGGAAAUCAAGGAGGCAAUCUAAUGGACUGCCCGAUGUGCAAGACGACGAUGAUUGUGCCAGACGGCGAUCCCACGAAGCUUCCAUCUUCAUUUUACUUUGAUUCUCUAUUAACGUUGCUGCAAGCAAUGAAAACUAGAGCGAACCAACCAGGGCUAUCUGAUUGUGYUUGCUGUGAACAGCCGCAAGUGUUGGAUUCAUUUUGUGGGCAGUGUCAUGGCUUGAUAUGUGAGGCUUGCUUCAACAUCCAUAAAACCCACAAGAUAUAUAAACAAGUAGAAGAUGAACACCAACCAAUAAAGCUCAGUCAAUUUAAGUAG